AUGAAAGCCACCGUAGAAGAGAAUAUCGGUUACUCAAAUUCAACUAGAGCAUAUGAUGAACAAUUAAUUAAUAAUUAUCCAAAAAUGAAAAAUCCUAACUUUAAAGAUAAUGAUAAUAAUUCAUUUUUUUAUAGAAUGAAUAAUAUUGGUAAUUUUAAUGGUAAUAUCAAUAACAAUAUUAUUGAUACCGAUAAUAGAAAAAAUUUGGGCUCAUUUACAACAGCAAAUCACAAGUUAAAAUCAAAAAGAGAACCUAGUUGUGGAGAAACAGAUAACACUAAUACAACAAUAAAUAAUAAUAGUACAAAUACAACUGCGAAUACUAAUACUAAUUCAUAUUCAGAUAUAAAUCGUUUGAGAAUGCCAAAAAGUAAAUCAUCUAAUAAAAGUAAGAUUGAUAAUAAUAUACCAAGCACGAAUGAAAUAAUGGACGACCAUUUAAUGAUGAAUAAUGGUGAUGACUACACGGAGUCAAAGAGUGCCAUGGAUGAUAAUAAAAUCGGUAGCAGUAACAAACAUAUCAAUAUUAACAACGCUAACGUCAACGCCAUGACAAAUAAACAAAUCCUAUUUAAUAAUUCAGUCUAUUCUAAUCGUCAUACUAUUAACGAUCUUUCAAUACAGGAAGCAUUAUCCCCAUUUUUUCAACCUUUUGGUGUUGACGUCAGUCAUUUACCGAUGACUAAUCCGCCUAUAUUUCAGACGUCAUCGAUGAUGUAUGAUGACCCUGGUAGAAGGAGAAGAAUUUCCAUUUCGAAUGGUCAAAUUAGUCAGUUGGGUGAAGAUUUAGAAACAUUGGAUAAUCUUUAUGAUUCUCAACCACCUCCUAUGCCACAUAAGUUUGAUAUGCAUAAUAGACAACAGGUCCAAUUAGAUCAUCAGCCAAUCCCACAACAGUUACAAGAACAAAUGCAACAGCAGUUGCAACAGCAGUUGCUGCAACAAAACUACCCUGUUAAUAUGAUACCACAGGGACAAUACCCGCACCAAUUUCAAGAUUUUCCAAAUAAUAGAAAUAAUUUUGAGAAUAAUAACAAUACAAAUACCAAUAAUAAUGACAUUCCUAAUGGUUCAAAUGGUUCGCAUAGUUCAGCUGACUCCAACGCCUCACAGUUUAAUUCGAUUAAAAGAUCAGACUCUGGGACUUCUCCAUUAACAACCGCAGAAGAAAAUAACAUGCCAAGAGAUAUUUAUUAUAAAAACAUUAAAGUAAACUCCACUAAUGAAAAUAGAAAAGAUUAUUCUGGAAAUGAUCUUGGUUUACAAAAACCAAUUAAUGACGGCCAGAACGUUCUUGCAAAUAAGAACUACACCACACAUAUAAAGAGGGGGGAACAAGAUUUCGAAGUACCUGAUGAACAAAUGAAAGUAUCACUUUCACAACAAUACCAAAUACAGCACCAGCAAAUGGAACAACUAGCAUUAUCAAAUCAACAACAACAUCAUCAACAACAACAACAACAAAUGCCUAUGCAGGUGCCUCCUUCUCUUAAUAUGGGCGCGAAACAACAAAUGUACAUGUCAAAUCACGACAAUGAUAUGCAUAUGAACUACCACCAAGGUCAAUUAAAGAACUCUAGUCAGUUAGACAGUAUGUCUCCAGGUACAGCGUCUUGGAAAAGGACAAGAUUGUUGGAAAGGAAUAGAAUAGCAGCUUCAAAGUGUAGGCAAAGAAAAAAAUUUGCUCAACUUCAAUUACAAAAAGAUUAUGAUGAAAUCCGAAACGAAAAUCGUGUUAUGAAAAGGAAAUUAGAAUAUUAUGAGAAAUUAGUUUCAAAAUUCAAAAAAUUUUCUGAAGCACAUUUAAGAAAAUGUGAUUCUAAUAAAGAAUCUUUAAAGAUUAUUGAAGAGAUGUUAAUGAUAGAUUCAGGUAUUGCUGAAGUUAAUGAAACAGGUAUAGUGGUAAAAAUAGAAAAAUAA